AUGGGUAUUGGAGCCAAACUGAAGGACGCCAUCAGCGGCGACAAAGACACCAAGCAUACCGACACCACCACCAGUGGACACGCCACCAACACAUACCAGACACUCGGGUCCUCCCCGGCGGGCGAUACAUCACACACGCACGGCACGGCUCAUACCACUCCCUCAACCACCCACCACGACAGGGGGGACCACUCCGGCCACGGCGCCGACGGACUGACCUCCUCCAAGAACCCCGAAUCCACACACGGCAUUCACCCGUCCACCACUAGCACCAGCGACGCAGCCGGUCCCGGCGGUCUUGACCGCUACGGCGACCAAGACUUCACCCACGAGCAGUCACGCGCCACCGGCCUGCGCCAGCCCAACGUGAGCGCUGCUGACGCCGCUCCGUAUGACAAGCACCGCCACAAGAAGGCCAGAAGUAGAGACGCCACUGGCAGUCAUAACACGCCGCCCUACUGGGGCGAAGACGCAGCCAGAGUAUCAGGCGGCCGCAAAGACCAUGGUGGGAUGACAGGCACUGGCAGCCAUGGACUCACGCAUGAUGAGCGCAACCCCACACACGCCCACGGGACUUACAACGGCGUGACCGGCACCAGCAGCCAGAAGUAUCCCGCUCCCGGUAGUUCCAACGCCGCCCACAAUGACUCAGGCAGCUACGGUCGCGACCACGGCAUCUCUGGCGCCGGGAGUUCAGGCUCAGCCCUCCCGCACCGUCCCCAUGAUGCCGGAACCGGCAACACAUCGCACGACCGCGACCACAAGAUCCACGAGUACGACGCGCCCUCAAACAGUGAGGGCCGGGGCCACACCGGUGGUGCCGGUCUAUGUGCUGCUGGCGCGGGUGCCGCAGCCGGAUACGGUGCCUCUGAGAUGGCGGGUCGACAUCACCGUGAGGGCCGUGAGGGAGGCCACGAUGCGUACGCCUCCCAGAACCGCGGAGAUGGCCUGACGGGCAACGACCACGCCACGAAGCCGGGAAUGCUGGACCCCUACCAGCAACCGCAGUCCCACGCCCACGCGCCGCUUUCACAGACGCAGCCCAGGCACGGGAUGCACGAUCCUACUUACGACAACCAGCCAAGCGCUGGGAACACGCAGGCGAUUCCAGGGUCGGUGGGUGGCCAUUCGAGCGAUCCGUCUGAGUCGAGACUCCGUCACGGCGGAUCUGGUCCUGAUUCCGCUUCUAUUCCGGCUGGUCCAGGAUCGGGAGCAGGCAAUGACAUGGGCGACGACCACCACGGGCCCGGCCACGCCGGUGCUAAGGUGGUGCACCAGUGCGAGCACUGCGGCAAGGACAAUGACAUCAGUCGGUAUUUCAAGAAGGAGGCUGUGUACCGGAUGUCGUAA